UCCCCUCAUUAUUCAAGUAUCGUCCUUAGUUAAUUUCCAAUUUCUCGUCUUCUUCCUUUGCUAAUUAACCAACCUCUGUUUCUUUGCAGACUUUCAGGGUAUAUAUUUCUUGGAAUCUUUUUUGCGAUUUCUACGGUUUCAAAUGUGAUUAUUGUGUUAAUUUCAAUUAACCAUGUCUGUUUCGGAGUUAACUUCAAAGAAUCUUACAGUCGCCAUUAAUUUAAUUCACAAAAAUGGCGCAAUCAUUAAAGAUUUCCAAUCUCACUCCCAAUCAAUCGUCGCACUCAAUGAACAAUGGCGGAAUUUGCUGAAUUCCUUUGAAACGGUUCAUUAUUCGUUGGAGAAUCGAGUCAGGGAGUUGGAGUCAAAGGAGAGAGAACUUACUUUAAUCAAGAAUCAAAUUGAGAAUUAUCAGAAAGAGGUUGAAUUGUGGCAGAAAAAGUUGGAGUUUGAGGAGAAAUCAUUGAGUUUGAGGAUUAAAAGAGUGGAGAUAAGAGAGAAGCAAGUGAAGGAUCGGAUAAAGGCGGUGAUGGAGAGGCAGAGGAUGGUGGGGGAGAAAGAAAAGGAAUCGAAGGCGGUUUCGGAAGCUAUGGAUUGUAGUGAGAAAAUAUUGAAAGAGUUUGCUAAUAAUUUGGAGUUGAAAGGUGGUGAAUUGAGUAAACUUUUUUUAGUGUUGGAGAAGGAAAAGAAAGUGUUGGAGUUGAGGAAGGAAGAGUUAUACAAUGUGGUUGAUUUAAAGGAGAAUAAAAUGAAGAAAGCAAUGGAGAUUAAAGAGCAGGAAAUUAGUAAGCUCCGCGAAGCUUUGUCACUACUCAGCAAGAAGAUGAUGUUGAAGGAGAAGCAAAUGAAUGAAUAUUAUCAACGGGAGAAGAGAAGUGAUGGGAAUCUGAUGCUUUCUCGUUGUCGAGAUCAAGAAUCUAUAAAGAAACAAAAUGUGGAUUCAUCCUCAUCGAAAAUCGGUCAUGAUAUUCACUCAUUGUGCAAACACAUGGAUGCUGAUGGUGUGCGAUCAUAUUUAAUCAAGCAUUUUAAGGAACAAAGCAUUUUGCAAGAGAAGGUAUUGGAUGCUAUCAGAUUUGCACCUAAUCCUGGAAAGCUUGUUCUUGAUGUCUGCCAAAGUUUCCACCAAAAAUACUCAGAUAAAGGCGAACUUGUCAAGAACCAAAGCAGUUGCACCUUUCUCUUGGAGCAGUUUAGGAAGUUAUCAGCUCCAAUCAGACAUGAUGUGGAAGAUGACGCGAUAUAUUUUGCUGAUUCUAUGAAGGAUUGGUUGAAGGGUUAUACAACUCCUGCAGAUAUUUUUGAAUUUUUGCAGUUUUUAGCUGCGUUCAAGUUAGCAGGUCGCUAUAAUGCAGAUGAGCUUCUCUCCCUUCUUGGUUGUUUGUAUGGUGGGGGUGAGGUUUACCAGCAUGAGAAGCAAGCAUCAUUAUGCGGUGCAUUGGGACUUUUAGAGAAGAUUCCUGGUAUGCUCAUCCAGCUCGCUCCUAAAAAAAACUUGCUAAUAUACCCCUUUGAUCUUCACAAUCUCUGCUGUUAAGAGUUAUUGAGAAUGUUUCUUUCAUUAUUUUUCUCUAAAAUUCCAUGGUAUCGUGUUGUCUCCAGUUUGGCUUAUAUGCCCGAUUCAACUAUCAUCCGAGUGUACAUCAAUGGUUCUAGUUGCUCUUUAGACAUAUUGUUACAUUAUCUGAUUAUUGUACCUGUUUUUUUUUUUUCUCUUGGCAUUGAGCAGGUGUUGUCAAAUCUCUUAUUGAAGGAAAGAAGCUGCUUUUGGCAGUUAAGUACAUUUGUGUUUUUAAGCUCGAAUGUAAGUUCCUGCCAGUGCCUCUGCUAGAAUCUCAUUUGCACCUGUCAAUGAAAAGGGUGAAUGAGAAAUGCAAUGAUGGAAAUCUUAAAUCAAAGGUAUUCCUUAUUCUUCAAUUCCGUU